UCCUGGCCGGCGCUGGUAGCCCGUCCGUCGCUCCGUCCGUCGCUCCGUCGCUCGCUCCCUCAGCGGCCAGGAGGAGGCGGCGGCGGGCGAGGAGCCGCAGCGCUGCCGGGGCCAUGGGCUGCCGGGCGGGGGCCGCCGCCGCCCCUCGCCGCGCCCGGUGACGACCCCGCCGGCUCGGGGGAGAAGAUGGCGGAGAGGCUGGAAUGGGUGGAAAUCAUCGAGCCUCGGACGCGGGAGCGCAUGUACGCCAACCUGAUCACGGGGGAGUGCGUCUGGGACCCCCCCGCCGGCGUGCGCAUCAAGCGCACCAACGAGAACCAGUGGUGGGAGCUCUUUGACCCCAACACCUCGCGCUUCUACUACUACAAUGCCUCCACCCAGCGGACUGUGUGGCACCGGCCCCAGAACUGCGACAUCAUCCCCCUGGCCAAGCUCCAGACCCUGAAGCAGAACACCGAGUCCCCCCGGGCCUCCACCGAGAACAGCCCCGGGCGCAGCAGCAAUGUCAGCCGCGAGGGCAGCACCAGCUCCUCCCAGGAGCAGGAGCAGGAGGGCGGCGGGGAGAAGGCGCAGGAGCAGGGCCGGACCCACCGACAGCCCUCCCAGUUCGCCACCGUCAAAGAAGAAACGGAAAGUUCCUCCCCUCCCGGAGUUUUCGAGAAGGAAUACGAGAUCUAUCGGGAUUAUGGCUCCGACGGACAGCGGCUGCAGUACAGGGCAUCAUCUCUCCGGUGGAACACGGGGACCAAGGAGCGGAUGCUCAUCAAGGUGACGGACCGCGAGCCCAGCUUCCUCAUGCACCAGGGCAACGGCUACACCCCUGACAACCAGCAGGGCACGCGGUCGCGCCGGCCCUCGGGCGGCCAGCCAUCCCCCAACCUCCAGACUUUUGCCCCCGACUCGGACAACUCUGUCUUCUUCCCGGAGAGGAAGCAGUCGCCCUUUCUGAAGCGGGCCGAGCACGUCGGCAGCUGCUCCCCGCUGCUGGGGCGCGGCGACUCCUUCUGCUCCCCGCUCCAGGCCCAGCACCGCAAGCACUCCAGCGAGUCGCAGCCGUCGUCUCCGCGCUAUGCCUACGAGCCGCCCCUGUACGAGGAGCCACCCAUGGAGUACCAGGCUCCGAUCUACGACGAGCCGCCCGUGGACAUGCAGUUUGAGGCCAGCGGGAGCUACAAGGCCGGCUCUCCGCAGAAGUCCCCGAUCCGCAAGCCGCACCCUUUCCUGCAGUCGCCCAAGCAGGGCUCCAACUCCCCCUACCAGCAGCUGGUCCUGACCAAGCAGAAGGGGCCCGACCGCUUCAUGAGCCUGGAGUACAGCCCCGCCGGCAAGGAGUACGUCCGGCAGCUGGUCUAUGUCGAGCAGUCGGGCUCCAGCCCCAAGAUGAAGACCGGCUUGCGGCACAAAUACUCGCCGAACCCCAUCGGCGGCUCCUACUCUCUCCAGCACAGCCCUUGCCUGGUGAGGGACCAGCGGCUGGAGGUCAAGUCCGGCGACUACAGCAGCAUGGAAGGGGCGGACUUCCGGCACAGCCCGCCCGUCUCGCAGGGGGACGACUCCAUGUCGUGGUCCAGCCAGCACAACACCAUGUCCUCCACCGGCUACUCGCCCGGCACGCGCAAGAGGAAAAGCCGGAAGCCGUCGCUCUCGUACGACCCCAACGCCUCCUCCACCGACGGCUCGGGCGAGCGGGAGGAAGGGCUGGCGGAGGAGAGGGCGCCCUCGGGCUGCAGCCGGUCCCAGAUGAACCGUAUGGAGAGCCGCUCAGUGGAGGCCGAGUCGAGCCGCGGCUUCCCUGAGCCCUUCCUGGCCCAGGCCCGGCUGGCGUGGGAGGCCCAGCAAGCCCACUACCACAUGCGGCAGAGGAGCAGCUGGGACUCGCAGAAGGACGGCUCGGGCUACGAGAGCGACGGAGCGGUGCCCCUCCCCAUGCCGGGGCCCGUGGUGCGGGCCUUCAGCGAGGACGAGGCGCUGGCCCAGCAGGAAAACAAGCACUGGAAGCGCAACACCUUUGAGAAGCUCGGCUUCCCCCAGAUCCUGCUGGAGAAGAGCGUGUCGGUACAGACCAACCUGGCGUCGCCCGAGCCGUACCUGCAUCCGUCCCAGUCAGAGGACCUGGGCGCCUGCGCGCAGUUUGAGAGCAGCCGCCAGAACCGGAACAUGAUGCCUAGCACCAGCUGUGUCUUCCCCACCUUCAACCUGCGAAAGCCUUCCUCGGAGACGGACAUCGAGAACUGGGCCUCCAAGCACUUCAACAAGCACACGCAGGGCCUCUUCCGCCGCAAAGUCUCCAUCGCCAACAUGCUGGCCUGGAGCAGCGAGUCCAUCAAGAAGCCCAUGAUCAUGACCACCGACCGCAACGUCAAAAAGGAAGCCUGCGAGAUCUUCAAGCUCAUUCAGAUGUACAUGGGAGACCGGAGGGCCAAGGCGGACCAGCUCAACGUGGCCCUGGAGAUCGCCACCAAGGGCUGGAGCAUGCAGGGCCUCCGGGACGAACUCUACAUCCAGCUGUGCCGCCAGACCACCGAGAACUUCCGCUACGAGAGCCUGGCCCGGGGUUGGGAGCUCAUGUCCAUCUGCCUGGCUUUCUUCCCUCCCACGCCCAAGUUCCACUCCUACCUGGAAGGGUACAUCUACAGGCACAUGGACCCGGUGAACGACACGAAAGUGACUCUGCACAUUAAAGAACUCCUGGAAAGGAACAAUAAGAAGUCGUCCAAAUUGAGAAAGAAACCCAAGCCCUAUAUGGAGGAACGCCAUGGGGUGGCAAUAAGCACUUACGCCAAGUACUGUUACAGCAAGCUCCAGAAAGCAGCAUUGACCGGCGCCAAAAAGGGCCUGAAGAAGCCAAACAUCGAAGAGAUCCGGCACGCCAAGAACGCCGUCUUCAGCCCUUCCAUGUUCGGCAGCUCCCUGCAAGAGAUCAUGAACAUGCAGAAGGAGAGGUACCCUGACCGCCAACUCCCAUGGGUGCAAACGAGGCUGUCGGAGGAGGUGCUGGCCUUGAACGGAGACCAGACCGAGGGCAUCUUCAGAGUCCCUGGAGACAUCGAUGAGGUCAACGCCCUCAAGCUGCAGGUCGACCAGUGGAAAAUCCCCACCGGCUUGGAAGACCCUCACGUCCCUGCCUCCUUGCUGAAACUCUGGUAUCGGGAACUGGAGGAGCCCCUGAUCCCCCACGACUUCUACGAACAGUGCAUCACCCACUACGAGAACCCCGAAGCCGCGAUUGCCGUCGUCCACUCCAUGCCCAGGAUCAACAAGAUGGUGCUCUGCUACCUCAUCCGCUUCCUCCAGGUGUUUGUGCAGCCGGCCAACGUGGCGGUCACCAAAAUGGACGUCAACAACCUGGCCAUGGUGAUGGCCCCCAACUGCCUGCGCUGCCAGUCGGAUGACCCGCGCAUCAUUUUCGAGAACACCCGCAAGGAAAUGUCCUUUAUCCGGGUACUGAUCCAGCACUUGGACACGAGCUUCAUGGAAGGGGUCCUAUAGCGCUGGUGCCCGCGAGCCCAAACAGAACUGGGCGUAUCGCCGACCCGUCAAAAGCCCCACCACCACCACCACCCCAAACCUCCACCCCAGAGCCAGACGGUCCGCAAGAACUGUUCUUGACGCAGCAAAGGAAAUAUCCUUUCGGCACCCGGGCAGAGAGAGAGAGAAAGGGAGGUCGCUCCGGGUUUUGCCCACCUGGCCUGCCUCUCUGGCGAGCCGCUGGGGUGCACGGCGUUCCCCUGCUGCUUCUGCUGUGGACUAAAUGACCCACACUGCCCCACAGCAGCCCCCUGCCUGGAAACAGAGCAGCCCAGUCGUUGGGACGAACAGCAGGAGUUCCUCGCAGGAUAGUUCUGAUCCGGAGAGUCUGCAUUAAUGGGCAACCUGGCAAGAUUCAGGUGAACUGUGGGGUUGAGCAGGGAGAGGCAGGGGACUGCCUUCCUCCUCCCCAACCUGCACUUUUUGGGGGGGCGAAGGGGUCAGGACAGGAGUUGGGGGUUGGCGUGGAGCAUAAAGGCAGCUGAGGGAGUGUUUGGGUCCAGCACGGGGCCUCUGUUUCCAAGGUGGCCCUUUUGAGACCAGAGGAGAGGCCCCCAGAGGGCGAGGGCAUCACGCAGAAGGUGGAAGGUGGGUGCCCCACACCCACAGGUCAGGUCCCCAUUAGUCCAGACCCUCUUGAGGUGAAGGAGGCUGUCUGUCAGGUAAGACAGGUACUUCUGCUGCUACGUCAACUGGAGACCCCUGAGCCCAUCUUCCCAGCCUGUCUCCCCCACACGGGACAGGCCUGGCGGGAGUUGUAGUUCAGGCUACCCACCUCCCACCCGAGGCUCCGGGUUGAACGAACGCGAGGGACGGAGCCACGCAGACCCGGGCGCCCUUUUUGGCGCAGUCCUCCCACCCCAUUUCCCUUCCCUCUUCCAGCACAGUCACUGCCAAAAGGGGCCAAAGCCAUGGUCUCCCCAACACUUUCUCCCCCCUCUCUCUCCCAACGCGCCAGAGAAUGGGCCGGUUAUGCUGUCAGGCUCCCGCCGUGGGAUUUCGGAGCUGGCUACUGAGAAACAUUCUGCUGUGUUGCUGCGCCCCGUCCAGAACCCUCAGACUCCUUUGGCUAUCUGUGCAGCCUGCCCCCAAUUUCUGUGGGGGGCAGCCAUGGCCCAUAGACUCUCCUUUCUGCGCCUCUCCUGGAAUGGCUGGUUAAAUUUGGGUUGCAUCUCUUGUCGGUUGGGUUGGGAAAGGGGGUGCAGCCCUGCCGGGUCCCAGGCUGCGUCUGUGCUCCCCACCUAGCAGAAGGGCUGGCGUUUUCCCUCCGCCGCAUGCAAACUUCUGUUUUGGGAGCCGUCUCGGCAUUAAAGAAGCGUUGAAUCGGGGUGCGGGAGGCAUUUCCACACAGGUCGGCGUUGGAGGCCGCCCAAGCCGCCCAUUGCACUUUGAACCCUGGGUUUGUGUCAUGCGUAAGACUCCUUUCCCCCAAAUUCUUGCUUUCUGGCGGCCGUUCUUAAUGAAGGCCCCGCAACCGUUGUUUCAUAAGGAGGCUUAAAAACUGCUUUCUUUCCAUUUGGGGUGAGCUGUGGAUUUCGCUCCCCCUUUCCAAAACGUUACCAUCUAAGGGAGAGAAACAAAAGCACAUUUUCGGGAAAAGCCUUCCCAGCACUGAGAAUCUGGGCGUAUUUUGGCUUGCUGUCCUACAUAACUAUUUCUCCCCUUUUGGAGUAGCAUCUUUGCAGGAGUCUUCUCAUAUUAUUCCAACGGAGGCAAGUUUUCUGCGAGGAAAACAACACCUCCCAAAAUUUCAGGGUGAUAAAGUAACCCUGUCUCUUUGAAAUGUUUGAGGACGCCUCUGCCUUGAGCUGUGUGGAAAGGCCUCCCAUCCACUCUUAACACUGCCAAGAACAGACGUUUUCUUUUAUGGAUGCUAUAUACACCCAAGAGCCCCUGGGAUGUGGGGCGGGAAUUUGGGGUGUGUGUCAGAAGUCUAUGACAGCUGCCGUAAGGAGACACUUGGCACCCCCUGCCCUGCCUGCCGAGCGGCUCCAUGGCCACCCCUAACAGCUUGGAUUAUUAUAACAAAAACGGGUUGUGUGUGAUCUUGUGUCCCACAAGGGGGCACAGGGGGCUGGACUAGAUGGGGUGCAGAGCGGAAACAUCCCCUCCGGAGGCCAGUGCUCCCACUUACGCUGAAGUUUCUUCCACACUGCUGGCCUUCGUCACUCAGAGGGGGGGGGUCCUCCGCCGUGUGUGGAACCCCCCUUGUUGCUUCCAGAGAACUGGCGUGCCGAUUCUCAAACAGAGCUUCCCCAUCUGACAAUGGCUGUUUUGGGCAAGGCUGCAGUGGGGCGUCCGGGCAACCACUGCCAACACAAGAGGGUUUCCUCUCGUGCUCAGGCGUCAGGCACGCUUGGGAGUUGCAUGCCGGCUGCUCUGCGUGGCUCUCGAUCUAGAGAAAGUGCCUUUAUCCAACACAGAGAAUAGGCCAGGCCUCCCGCCAACCCCUGGGCGUACAGUCUCGCUUCUUAAAACACACCCAAGCGUCUCAGAAGAGAGACUUCCUUGCCUUUGAUAGCUCCUUCGCUUCCUCCCCUCUUUCUUUCGCCUGUUCUUGGCAUGUCGGAAUAUGGGUACAAGAAGCGUGUCUUAUUUCAGCAGUGGAGUGGGGUCCGUGUAACUCAUUGCCACAGGACGACGCAGUUGCGCGAGCCUAAAGGGUUUUUGCAGAAGGCCUCGGUGAGAGGGUCCAUGAAUGGCGGCCGGGGAGGGCAAACGGCGCCUCUGUAGUCUGGGGAAGUCGAAGGUGCUUUCCCCCUCCGAAAGCAUAAACUUUGGGGGUGAAAGCGAGCGGGAGCCAUAUUUGGAGGCAACGUUGAGCGUGAGGAUUGCAAGUUGGAGGUGGAAGGAGAGUCAGCGGGGACUUUUUGUAGGGGUUGGGGGAGAAGGAAGCUCCUUUGCCAGAGCAGCUGUCUGCGUCGAUUCCCUGCGUCGCCCCAAAAUGGGAGCACAAGCCUUCCGGCCAAAUCACCCAGGGGGGUAUCCUCCUCUCCUGCCCUAGGGCCGCAGCACCCCCCACCCUUCCUCCAGGGACCCAUUGCUGUAGACCCAUCUCUUGACCCCAAGAAGCUGAGCGAGACUCUGGAAUCAGAGCUCACAGAGAGAAGUGAUGACAUCUAUGGUGGCACAACAGUGCCCUGUCGUACUCAGGGCAGUCGGGACGGGCGUGGAAGCAGCGUUUACCUUCCGGGUGACCUUUUUUGUUGUCAAAAGAGACCACCCCCUUGGCUUUUCCAUUUGGGGAACCCUAAGGAGCU